AGAGGGACGGAAUGUACUUCAGAGAAGAGUAUCCAUACAUGCAUCCAUGGCGAAACACAGAAGAAGAAGAGACGACAUGGCCUUCGUGCUCACAAGGCCACAGAUCGUCUCUGAGCCUGGAGACGUCGGAGGGUGGAAGCAUUUGCCUGGUCUGCUUCUGCAAUCUCAUCUCCAACCCUGCCUCACCCACCGUCCACGUAUCCUACGCGCUCUCCCAGCUCUCUCUGGCCAUCUCCCACCCUCCCUUCCUCCAAAGCCUCCGCUCCUUUCACGCACACCUCCUCAUAUCUCCCCUCGUUCAGGCGCUCUCCUCCUUUGACGACGAGCAGAUCGCUCGUCAGGCCAUUGAUCUCGUUGAUAACCUCUGCGAUUCUGAUGAUCCCUCUGUUUUUGGCGAUUUCAUUGCUCGGAUUACUGAACGUCUUUCUUCUGCUGCUUUGUCUUGGAGCCGUCGACAGGUCUACCCGCUACAUUGCUUAGGAGUCCUUUUGAAUCGUCAGACUGAUAAUACCUCCUGCCACAUCAAAGACAAAGGAGCCCUCAUCGCCAAUCUAGUCACAGGUCUUCAACUGCCAAGUGAAGAGAUACGCGGGGAAAUCUUCUUUGUGCUUUACAAACUAGCCAUACUCCAAGAUGUGAGUGGUUAUGGUGAUGAAACUGAUAAUCUGUUGGCCUCCUGCCCAAAGCUCUUGUACAUAUCAUUGGAGGCCCUCAUGAAGACUCAAAGUGACGAAGUCCGCUUGAAUUGUGUAGCGUUGCUGACAGUACUAGCUCAAAGAGGGUAUUUCGAGCAUUCAUUUGUGGAAGACCUAAUAAGCAACCGCCAUACAGAAGCAAAUAUCUCCAAGCAAGGUGCAGAAGUCAGAAUAGAUAUGCCUCCUCUAAUCAUCUUGUUUGCUGAGGCCAUCAAAGCCCCUCUUCUCUCUUCUGAUCCACAAGUCCAGAUUGGCACAGUAGACUUGAUAUUUCACUGCAUGUCAUGGGAUUCUGAUUCUUCCAAACAUAUCCAAGCCCUGGUUGAAGAAAGUAUUGCUGACUAUGUGUUUGAAAUACUUAGAUUGUCAGGGUAUAAAGAUCCUGUCGUCAUUUCCUGCCUAAGAGUUUUAGGUCUAUUAUCUACAGCUGAGAAAGCCUUCAAACAAAGGCUUGCAGUUGGCUUUCCAACUCUAGUUCCCAUUCUGCGUUAUGUAGCUGAAGUACCUUUUCAUCCAGUUCAAUCCCAACUACUGAAGCUUAUUUGGAGCUGCAUCUUUGACUGUCCUGGAAUAGUAUCAAGGUCACAACUAGAGGAGCUGGUUCUGGUCUUAACAGGGAUGUUCAAAAGACAUACCAGUGGGGAGAUGGGCAUGCUUCCUGAAGUUUUCACCAUGGCCUGCUCAAUAUUUGUAGCUCUCCUGAAAUCGCCAUCAUCUCAUAGCAUUCCAACUCUAAGAACAUCACUGCAAGAAGCAAUGACCAAUGCAAUUCUAUCUUGUCUCUGUGUCCCCCCUAGACACCCCAAUGAACUUAUUGUAUACUCCCUCUAUCUUCUGAAAGAAAUAUAUGCAUACAGUCAUGAAGAUAACUUGGUAAUAGACAUGAACAAUAUGGAGUUGGGUAACAAUGUUAUAGAACUAUGUAAAGCCCAUAUUUUACCUUGGCUUGUAAAGGUUGUUGAUGGAGUAGAAGAGGAAAUCAUUCUGGGAGUACUGGAAACUUUUCACUUGAUACUGCUUCAGGAAUCUGAUGUCCAUUGUAAGAAGUUUGCAGAGAGUCUAGCAUCCUCAUCUUGGUUCAGCUUAUCCUUCGGAUGCUUAGGUUUAUUUCCAACAGAGAAUAUGAAAUGGAGAGUGUAUCUGAUGCUCAGUUCAAUCAUAGAUAGGGUUUUGGGACAUGAGUGUGGACAACCCAUCAGAGACGCUGCCUCAUAUAUGCCAUCAGAUCCUCUGGAUUUGCUGUUUCUGCUUGGGCAAAAAAGCUCCCAUGAUUUGAAUUUGAUAUCUUGUCAAUCUGCAGUGCUAUCUAUACUAUAUGCCAGUUCUUUAUAUGAUGAAAGACUUGCAGAUGAUAAGCAGGUUUUGGCUUCAUUAGAACAAUAUGUUCUUCUCAACAGCAGCAAUUUCCUGGAUGGAAUUAUUGAUUCUGUGACAAUGAUGCAACUGGUGCACCUAUACAGCCUAUUCAGGGGUAUUGCCAAGAUUAGCUACCAAAUCCCUUAUAGUCCAGAAGCUGAGAAACUUCUCUUGCAUCUAGUAGUUGAAAAAGAGUGCAAUAUCCUUUGUUGGAGAAUUCAUCCAAGAGGGCUGAAAUGGCUUUUUCAACAAGAAGGUAUCAUAGGGCAUUUGUCACAUGAGAUCCUGAGCUUUUGCAGAUCCAAUGGCACAAAAGGGACCAACAUUAUCAACCAUGGGACUAAAAUUCAGAUGAUAGAAGUAGAAGACAUUGCAAAGCUAGUACAAGCAGAUGAUAACCAUGGAGCCAUACUUUUGGUAUCUCUACUGAAACAUCUCCAGGAGGAAGGUGAGGAGGAUGACAUCACUUCUGUGGUGAAUUUCAUUGUAAAAAUUAUCAAUAUUUUUCCAGCCUCUUCAGAUCAAUUAUGCUUGCAUGGCAUUGGCAAUGCAAUCCACAGUUUGUAUUGUUAUUCGACCUAUUGUUCUUUACCAUGUAACUUCAUUACCUGCUCAAUUCUGGUUUUCAACAUUCUAUGUUCAGUGCAGCCUAAAACGCUAUUUGAUGACGAAGUUUGGUUCCCUGUGGCUAUUAAGUUGCUGGAAUUUUUGAUUCCUACAAUAAUUGCAGAUACAUGCAACCAUGAAGGGCUCCUAGUACUGGGGAUUUUUUCUUUAAUCUUGCACCAUCACUCCACCAACGGAGUACUCCCAGAUGCUUCGAAAGCCAUACUCCUUAAUACUUCCUUGGCCUCUAAAAUUAACAAUGCAAUCUGUGCAGCCUGUUCGAAAGGGUAUGCUUUAGUUGAACAUGAUGCCGAAACUGUCACAGGAGAAACUCUAAUAUUUGUCCUUUUACUGAACUUUUUCUCUUUGAGAAGUUUGCAUGCUCUUCUACCAGAGAACCUGGACUGGCUAAGUUUUCUUCAGUCAUCACCCAAUGGGAUCCAGCCGCUAUCCUUUAUCUGCAUUUGCUGUCAUGACUUAUGCAGGCUGAUGCAUUUUGGUUCUCCUCCAGUCAAGCUGGUUGCUUCACAUUGUUUGUUGGAAAUGAUGACCACAAUUACUGACCAGAGACAUAACAAACAUGAUGAGUUAAAAUGUUCUAUGGGGUACUUAAAAUCUGUGAUGUCUGUAUUGGAAGGCCUGGUUUUCAACUCUGAUACUAGAGUUGCCAUGAACAGUGCACUCUGUUUAUCCAUGAUCUUGGGUUGGGAGAAGCUGGGCAUGCAGGAGGCAAGUGUGGUUAGAGAUGGCAAGUGGUGCAGGCUGGUUGUCGAGGAGCUUGUAUUGUCAUUGACAGCUCCAGGUUUGGCAUCAACGUCCUUCAGAAACUAUCAUAAACCUGCAUCUAAAAUAGCAAUUGCGCUGCUAAGAUUGGACCAGGUGCCCAAGUGGAUGCCAUCUGUCUUUGAUCAUUCCUGCAUAUCUGGUAUAAUUAAGAACCUUUCAGCUAGCAAUGUAAGUGCAGAGAUGGCAAGGUUAUUUCGGGAACUACUGAUCCAUGACUACCUGAAUGCAGAGCAGAUUUUGGGUCUCAAUGGUGUCUUCCAGGCAUGUAGGAAACAUGUGUAUAAAGACAACUAUCAAAAGUGCAACACAGAAGAGCAUCUUGAGAAGGUUGUUGCUAUUCCAGAUGACUUAAGCAAGAUAAGUGAGUUCCUCCUCCACCUCAUAUCAUCUGACUGCACUGAACAUGUGGCUUCCGGGGGAGUCCAAACCAGUGAUAAGAAGUUGCUGGAAGAAAUAGAAAUGUUUUUCCAGGAAUCCUCCGCAAGAGAAUGAUGGCAAAGAAAAUGUA